AGCAGGCGGUCGACUUCCUAAUAAUCACAGCCCGAGAAUGCCAGCCGAAGGCGAUGUGGAGCUGACAACUCCGGCGGUGAAGGCGGCGCCGGAGACGGACCAGAAGCUGGAAGUGGCAGUGCAGAACAGGGCAACGGUGGAGGCACUGUACAAGGCGUUGUUGGGACAAGGUCACAUGGACAAAGUGGCCCUGUUGAUAGCAAGUGAUCUGGAGUAUUGGUUCCAUGGUCCACCGGGAAGACAGCACAUGAUGAGGAUUCUGACCGGCGAGACGGUCCCCAACAAGGCCGGAUUCCGGUUUGAGCCGAGGAGCGUGACGGCGAUCGGCGACUGCGUUAUCACGGAGGGGUGGGAGGGACAGGCAUAUUGGGUGCACGUUUGGACGUUGAAGAAUGGGCUGAUCACAAAGUUCAGAGAGUACUUCAACACGUGGCUGGUGGUGAGGGAUCUGACGGCUGCUCCGGCUGCGGCGCCGUGGGUGGAAGAAGAUCAGAGGCAAGCGGAGAAGAUGACGUUGUGGCAGAGUCAGCCUCGUGAUCUCUAUCGCCGAUCACUUCCGGGACUACUCUUAGCCAUUUAGCCACAAAACAUAAAUAUAUAAAAAUUCAUGUUUGGAUUAAUUGGCCGUGUAUUCAUAUUUCCGUGUACUAAGCAUAAUCACCGCGUAGUUCAAAAACUCGACAAAUUGUGAGAAGCAUAGUGGCUCAGUACUUUAUUUGGCAUGUGGGUCAAAUCGUCAAGUGUUGGACAAAAUAAAUUUGAGAAAACUUAAUUAAUAAUAACUGGGCCAGAAAAAGAGAGAAAAACAGUGAAGAAUAAAUUAA